GCCUGAGUGAUCCCGAUCCCAUUGUUAGAAACUCGGCCCUGUUUGCCCUGGGACAGUUCUCCUCGAGCAUCUACAGCCAAACAUCAGCAAGUUUGCCUCGGAGUUACUGCCGCUGUUGUUCCAGUAUCUUGGUCGUGCUACACAAGAGGCCGACAAGAACCCAAAGGGUCUCACCAAGAGCUACUACGCCCUGGAAAUGUUUAUUGAAAAUCUAGAAAAAGAAAUUCUUCCUUUCUUGCCGAACCUGAUGGAGCACCUGUUGACGGUGUUGAAGAGUUCCCCAUCGAUGAGAGCCAAGGAGCUGGCCAUCAGUGCACUAGGAGCUGCAGCUCUGGCAGCCAAGGAGGGUCUGGUGCCAUACUUCCCUGAGGUGAUGGAUCACUUCAAAGUUUACCUCACUGCCGUCGACAAUGAGGACAUGAGGAAACUACAGAUACAGACUAUAGAUACCCUAGGAGUGCUCGCAAGGAGUGUGGGUGAUGAGACAUUCCUGCCACUCUGCAAAGAGUGUAUACAGUUCGGAAUUAACCUGCUGGAGAACGCUGAUGAUCCAGAUGUUAGACGUUAUGUGUACAGCCUGUUUGCUGCUGUGUCAAACCUGAUGAAAGGGGAGAUGGGGACCUACCUGGCCAAAAUAGUACACUACAUGCUGCUGUCUGUCAAGUCCAAUGAGGGUGUUACGCCUCACUUCAAAGAGGAAGCAGAGCAAGUGGCCAUAUUCAAUGAUGGUGAUUUCCAGGAUGAAGAAGAUAUAGGAGAUGACGAUGAAGAGGAUGAUGACAACAACAAAAUUGAAGGCAUCAGUGUGGAGAACUCCUACCUGGACGAGAAGGAAGACGCUUGCACAUCCCUCGGGGAGCUGGCCGUCAACUGUGGAACUGUGUUCCUGCCUUACCUGGAGACCAGCUACACAGAGGUUGUGAGUCUGAUGGAGUUCCCCGCCCCGGGGGUAAAGAAAGGAGCCAUCUCCUCCCUGUCCCAGUUCUGUCUGUGUGUCUUCCAGGUCUUCACCGAGACACAGUCAGCCGAGACACAAGCAGCACUCAGCUCCAUGAUGCCGACAGUAGUCCAGAAGUUACUGGAGGUAGUCAAGACAGACAUGGAUCGCACCACUGUCAUGGCGGCAGUGGAUGCUCUACACGACAUGCUGGAGAAGAUCGGGGAGCCUGUGCUGAGAGAGACAGGCUCUGCUGAUGCUAUUCUCACAACAGUGAAAGAGAUCUUUACACAUAAGCUGGCAUGUCAGGAUCAGGAGGAUGAAGAUGAUGACGAAGCCCAGGCGGAGUAUGACGGGAUGUUGAUUGAGUCUGCGGGGGAUGUGUUGCCGGUGAUGGCGAGGCUCCUGGGAGGUCAACAGUUCCUCCCUUUCUUCAGCAGCUUCCUCACUGACCUCCUCAAGAGACUGAAAGAGACAAGCUCCACGUCAGAAAAGUCUUUUGCAGUAGGCACUCUUGCCGAAACAAUCGAAGCCUGUGGUCCUACCUCUGUAGCAUUUGUAGAGACAUUGUAUCCGGUGUUUGUGAGGAUGAUAAGGGAAGAAGAUGAUGAAGUCCGCAGCAACGCAGUGUACGCCCUGGGCGUGCUUGCCAUGUAUGGAGGAGAGAAGAUGCAAGUCCUGUACAAGGAUAUCUUGAAGAUGUUGUUUGACAUCCUAAACAAGGAGACUAACGGCCGCGUCAUAGACAACAUCGCUGCUGCCAGCUGCCGCCUCAUAAUGGCCAACCAGGAUCAGGUUCCCCUUGAACAUGUGGUGCCGGUCAUCGUGCAGUGUCUGCCCCUCAAGGAAGACAUGGAGGAGUGGACCACCAUCUUCACCUGUCUCCUGCAGCUCUACAGUCAGGGCAGUGAACAUGUAAUAAAACUGGUUCCACAAAUACUGAAGUUGAUAGCCAGCCUUCUUGGUUCAGACACAAUCAAACAAGACAUCCAGCAGCUGUUGGUCCAGUUUGUCCAGACAGUGGCUUCAGCCUACCCUGCUGUAUUCACAGAAGUCAAGGCCAGCAUCGGACCAGAGCAAGCCAACAAACUGGACAUGUGUGUUGCCAUGGUAGCAGGAUCACCAACAGGAUGAAAGCCUUCUUAUUUCAAUACUUUUAUUCCGCUCAAGCCUUGUGCCUAUGCAGUUUCUAUUUUUAGUCUUUGAAACCAUUCAUGACUUGUCUUCGAUGCGAAAUGUUGUUGGAAAGCCGCUGUGGUUGUUGGGAGAGAGUUUUGUGGUGCUUAAAGCUGCUUGUAACUUUUCGGCCAGUUUUUGUUAUGGCCUGAUAAGCAUGUGAUGAAAUAUCAACCUUUGCUGUGACGUCCAGUGAUAAUGUGUCGUUACUACUUUGUGAAAGUCAGUGAUAAUCUUCAUGAAACCUUGACAAUCUUCUAGUCAAGUUCCCUAUACUAUGUUGAAAAUGAAGAGUUAAUAGUUACUCUAUCAGCUAAACAUUUGAUCUUUUUUUUCAAAAUGAAGUGUUAACAAUAGUUUUUCUUUCCUCUAAGCAUUUGAUAUUUUUGUUGAAAAAGAAGAAUUAACAAUAGUUUUCUUUCCUCUAAACAUUUGAUAUUUUUUUCUCGGAAAACCUUUUCUCAUUCCACUGUGAAAAGAUAUGUAAGAGAUAAUAAAUUAAAGGUAUAUUUUCUUACCAUUUAACAUUUUCUAGAUACAUAACUGCCAUUUGUGUUUUAUCUUUGACAAAAGAUAUGUCCCGGGCCAUGUUGAGUAUGUGACUUAAGAUGUCUGAGAGUCUGUGAUAAGUCUCUCAUACUGUAAUAACCUGACAAUCUGUUGUGAACCAAGCCGUAGCAAUGCCUGAAAUAGCACUGUAAAUAUGUAUUUUAUAUUGAAGCUAUCAAAAUGUGCACAUCAAACAAAAUGGCGGUCAACAGACUGAUAACAUAUUGUUCCAUAUCUGUCAGUGAGUAUUAACCAAAUAUAUUUGUUUAUAUGCAUGUUUUAUACAAAUGUUUUGGUAAUACUUGCAGUCUCAUUUAGAUGGGGUGGGGUGUAGCCUAGUGGUCAAUUCCUUCGCUCGUCACACCAAACACCCGGGUUUGAUUCCCCACAUGGGUAGGAUGUCUUAAGUCUAGUUCUUGUGUGCCGUGAUGUUGCUGCACUAUUGCUAAAAAAAGGCAUAGAACUCAACUCACUUACUCCUCAUUUCGAACAGAACUUUACAUCAUUCUGUCUAGACUGUUGAGACCUGGCAUGGGCUUUCACUGCCCCGUCGGAAUGAAGCUGAGUGACAAUUAAGCUUUGUUAUCAUUAUGUCCAAUCACCAGUCAUGGAAGAGCUUUUCGGGUUUUUGAGAAGGAAACAGAGCUGAAUGGAAUUUUGACAUCAUUUUCUGUGGGAAAUUAUCAAAUCGACAGAAUGUGAAAAGCACACAACAUGCCAGUCUGUUUUAUUGUUCAUUCAGAACUGAAUGUUUAUGUUGUAUUAAGGGAUACAGAAGUCUCUAUAAGAAACCUCCAUGCUGCUUGAUGAGUUACAAUGUCAACCUGAUUUGACCCAUGGAGAAUUUGUGACAACUCGAGGGAGCCAUCCAAUCAGAGUUAAAGAUCUGAUUUAUUCAGUUGUGUAUGCAUUACAAAUGAGUUACCAUGAGUCAUUUCAGCAUGUAUGUUGUCAUUUGAAAAAAGAUCUUUGGACCAAGAGAUUAAGUUGUGUUUUGUGUUUUCAAAUUGAAAAACACAUUCUGGCUAAAGCUUGAGCAGUGCAUGAUUUGUAUAGUUGCAGUGUAGCUAAGUAACAUCUCAAACCACGAUGAUUUGACGUAUCUGUACAAACCAAACCACUGGUUUUAGUUACAGUGAGAGGUUUUAUCUGAUCAAGUUUAUACAUCAAUAUGAAUCUGAUUAUGCAUGUUCCUCCAGUUAUGUUAAGACUAUGUAUGACAUACACCAAAUAUAUCAAACAUAGGUUGCUUGUUAAUCAAACAUCAGUAAAAAAUGUUUCAUCUGUUUCUAUGCCUUAAGUGCAAAUUCUGAACUUGCUAGCUCACUUUCCAUCAAAUGAGAAACUACAGUUUGUUUUACAGUUGAAGUCUGAGCAAGCACUUAAAGUUCCAUGUUGGAUCAAUAUUUUAACUCUGAGUUUUGGGAGGGAGGUGUUCGGAGGUUUACAGAUUUCUCCUGGUGACAAAAUCUCAGGCUUGUUACAGUUGAGAAUUUUCACAAUAGAAAUCUGCUAAAAUUGUCAUAGUUAUCCCUGAAAUUAAUUAAGAUUCUCCUUUGAAGGUAUAUAAUUGAGUGAUGUACAUGUUAACUCAAAAGCUCUACUGCACCAACAUCUAUGUUAGGAUUCACUCAGCAUUUGCUGUUAGAAGUUCUUGGUAAUACAUACAGUCUUUGAGGGCCUUGCACAAUUUAGUUAGAAGAUCUCGAAACCUAGUUGCUGUAUUUUCACUUUCCUACUGGUCCUUUCAUGGUGCCAAAUAGGAGUUGCAGGGUGGAAAUAAC